AUGCUUCUCAGUGAACACGUUGUUCUGAAACUUGUCGAGCCAUAUACAAGCUAUGGAAGAAAUAUCACGACGGAUAACUUUUUCAUUAGCAUGUCACUCGCGAUAAAAUUAUUGACCAAAAAAAUAACCCUAGUUGGAACUAUUAGAGGAAACAAAAGAGAACUACUCAAAGCAGCCAAACAAAUGAAGGAUAACAUGCCUCGUUUUUCCACUCUGCUAUAUAAAUCAGAGAAUUGUGUUCUUACAAUAUAUAAAAGCAAACCAAAUAAAAGAGUAGCAGUUCUAAGUUCUAAGCAUAAAUUUGUAAAAAUUGAUAAAAGUAAUAAAAAUAUGUUACAGGAAUCUAUUCAAUUUUAUAACAGCACAAAAUUUGGAGUUGAUAUGGCGGAUCAAAUGGUCAGAAAAUAUACAGUAAAAGCUAGUUCUCGUAGAUAG